AUGGAAGACCUUCCUUCUUGCCACAACUGUCGGACACAUCGAGUCCACUGUGACUAUUUGGAUUACACUCCUCAACAGAUCGAAGAGUUGAAGCGGGCUCAACUAGCGCAGAUGGCCGAUCGUGAGCUGGCAGGAGCUGAUUCUCGAGCUCCUUCUGAGGGAACCUCCACUGCUAAUGCAUCAUCAGUGAUAGAUCGGACGUCUGAUGGUAGUGACGGAGACAUGGAUGCCCACAUGGGAGCUUUAGAGUUGCAAAAACGCUCACAACUGGAGCUUGAUCCUGUUGGAUUACAGCAUUUCCCCGAAGAUGAUGCCAAGCCUGAUCUCAUGGAAUUAGACACAACUGCGGACUAUGAAGUCGAACCUCUUCAUCCAUAUCACCUCCAAAGACAGCAACUGCAAUAUCUGCAACAUCUGCAACAUCUGCAAUAUCUGGAACAUCUGGAACAUCUGUCUCUUCUGCCACCGUUGGUACCAAGCCUUGAGUCACCCAGUUUGGAACAUCAAUAUCUGCACUUUGAACGGACAGAUUUUCCUUUUGACCUUACGUACUCGGAGAACAACGACCAUUCAAAUUCCGUCAAAAGAAGAGAUGCUUUACAAGGCACCAUUACCCAGUCCUUCAACAAUGUACUUGACAAUGGAGAACUAGAACUCAUUUUGCCAGGGUAUUCUAUGGACUAUCCUGUUCAUGAGGGCCAAAUAGAGCAGCCUCCGAGUGGAACAAAUAAUUCUUCCUCACUACUUCGUGAUGUGCUUCUGAUAGGUGGGAUGGAAAAUGAGAUCACAAUACAGAAUCCGAAAGCUCUUCCCAAUGCACAACGCCUGCUUCCGAAGUUUUUUGUUCAAACUCAUGAAGAAAGGAAUUACGAAGAUUUCUUUACCAAGAAGGUCAAUGAUAUGGGGGUUAAAGUAGCACAGGGUCGAGCUAGUCUCCCUGAGAUUCGUCAGCUUUUCCAGAUCUGGCUCUCCUAUUUUAUUUAUAGAGCAUUCGCUCUGGAGUUGAUGUUCCUGUGUCUUCUAAACUUAACCACAAAUUACAUGAUCACUUCAGUCUACCAAUCGAACUCCAAAACUGGGUUCCGUUUGUUGGUGCAUCUGAUUGAGCAUUAUGCUAUCACCAUCAAGAAACUCCUGGCUCUUUUGAAUGACAAUGCAAGUCCCGAAUUGACCUCCUCGAUUUCCUACAUUUUAUCCCUUAUGUCCAUUUAUGACCCGGAGGCUACGGCCUACUCCACGAAAUGUUUUCGGGAUGGCAUGUUUUCCGUUCUCACUCAUACCUUGCACCAGACUCAGAUUCCUUCCCUGUCACUUGUUCCCAUCCACCUCCAGUUAAUGACGAACAUAGCCAAGUCAGUCUAUCUCCCAGCAUAUAACACAUCGUUUUUAGACGAGUACCAAGAAAUGUUGGGCUCAUUCGGCAUGCUUUUGCUGGAUAUUAAAGCGAGGUCGAUUAACAAUCAUGAAACCUGGUCAUUUGUGAAAGAAGAAUAUGACCAGCUUUCUAGGUUCUGUAAUGAGGCAUUGGAGAAUUACAUUCCCCACGUUAAUGACUCGUUGCACAAUUUAGAAAGUCAGGAGGAUCUUUUCUUUAGGAUUUUCCGCAAGUGGGCUCGUCAUCAAUCAGCUAGGUUGCUUAUGGUGAACAAGAGAUCUGAUCCGAUCGAAAAGGUGCUUUAUUUAUUCAGCCGGCUUUUCCGUAAAGCACUAUAUGCUGUAAUGCCCCAAAUGAGAUUUUUCUACUUAAGAGAUUUGGAUAGUCCAUUGUUUCUAGAGGUGUUCCCGUCUCACGAGGAUAGCGAAAUUUUUUCUGAGCUUGAUCUGACAGAAAACCUCUUUGUUGAUGUGGAAGUCUACAAUCUGUUGAAGGCUCGAUUAAAGAAGUUGGCCGCAUACGCUAUCAGAGUUCUUACGUUUCUCAAAUUGAGAAUGUCGAUUUUGUAUCAAAACCUCAUGUAUAAUGAGGAUGUCAGAACUUACUAUUGCAUCGACAACGUGGUGAGCUGGCGGAGAACCAUCACGGAUAUCCAGCACACCAGGAAGGAGUUCAAUGACCGUAUUGGUGUUCGAGAAUAUCCAAUUUGUGCCUUUAACAAUGGAUACAUCAUGCCACAUCAUUUCCCACAAAUUAAUAAGCCAGAAAUUCCAGAAAGAGACCGGAUUCCUUACCAUCUGAAUGUCGAUCUUCUGAAAUUGACACCAAAUGGCUUCCUCAAAGAGGAUUCUUAUCCGGCACUCUAG